GAUCAGAUCGGGUGACUACACCUGGUAAGACAAAUAUUGUACUUAGUAUCCAUCACAUGACUCCGAGUCAUUUCCGAUUUUCACUCAAAAAACUUGAGUUCCAGUUCGGCCCUCCAUCAUGGCUUCCAAGGUGUUCUGGCUUCGCUGCGAGACCAAAGAGUUUGAGCGUCGCUCAGCUCUCACUCCAUCCACGACUGAACAACUGAUCAAGGAUGGCUUUACCAUCUAUGUAGAGCGCGAUCAGCAACGCAUCUUCGAUGAUGAAGAGUUUGGAAAAGUGGGAUGUGAGUUAGUCCGCAACAGUUCGUGGCCCGGUGCGCCGCUCGAUAUCCCGAUCAUUGGGUUGAAGGAACUGCCCGCAUCAAACGAUCCAUUGCCGCAUACCCAUAUCCAAUUCGCGCACUGUUACAAGGGACAGGCUGGGUGGUCAUCCGUACUGUCCCGCUUCCAAAGGGGCGGAGGUACUCUCUACGAUCUGGAAUUUUUGACGGACGCAACUGGCCGUCGCGUCGCAGCAUUUGGAUUCCAUGCAGGCUUUGCUGGUGCCGCCGUCGGUGCGCUUGCACUGGCCUCACAGAAACAAGGGCAAAAAUUGGGCCUCUUGGAACCUUACCCAAACGAAGCGGCAAUGGUCGAAAAUGUAAAGACCGCCCUUGGCGGCAGUGGUAAGGGUGUCAAGGCGCUUGUUAUCGGUGCCCUGGGCAGAUGUGGACGCGGAGCGGUAGAUCUGUUCCGUAAAAUCGGACUUGAUGAGGAUGACAUCCUCAAAUGGGAUAUGGCUGAGACAGCCAAGGGUGGACCUUUCGAGGAGUUGCUCGGCGUUGACAUUUUUGUCAAUUGCAUAUAUCUCUCCUCAGCGAUACCUCCUUUCUUGAACAAGCAACAGCUAGAAGCUGCUGGCACGCAAAGGAAAUUGUCUGUUGUGGUAGACGUCAGUUGCGAUACUACAAAUCCGUUCAAUCCAUUACCCAUUUACAAUGUCAAUACCACAUUCGCCGAGCCCACAGUUUCAGUCGAUUUAUCCCAAGGACUACCACUUUCAGUGGUUUCAAUUGACCACCUACCGACCCUUUUGCCACGGGAAGCAUCGGAGCAAUUUAGCUCGGACCUACUGCCAUCCCUGAAAGAGUUUCCUCAGAGGGAGACUUCACGGGUUUGGACAGAUGCCAAAAAGUUGUUUGAUGAUAAGGUCGCAGAAGCGGUUGCAGACCUGGCAGGGUCGUGAGCACCUCACCUCACUGUCGAAUGAUGUGCGCAUAUUACGGAUGUAAUGUACACAUAGAAGAAAAGAUACUUAGAUAUUUGGUGUGUAUCUUUGCGGCUGUACCGGGGGCUAUGGUCGGCUGUGCGAUGCGGAAGGUUGGUGCAGA